GUGUCCGUAGUAACAACAGUUGCCUAGAAACAAUUAUCAACAAAACACACCCGUAGCUACUGUUUUUAGCCAAACCAUUCGUAAGUAAAGGUGGAUACGUAGUCCAUGUCAUUUCAGGUAACAGGUGUUGCUUUUGACUAAUGCUUUGACAUUUGGGAACACAGGUGGUGUGAGAGUGACGAUAUGGUAACGAAUAUCUAGCACUAUAUUUAGAUUACUUUGAACGUUAGCUUAUAUGUUGGGGAAAGUUUGCAAGUGUUAGCUAGCUUCCAUUGUCUUCUACGCUGAGCAUCUGGAAGAAAGACGAGUUACUGAGAACAACUUUCAAUUUCCUUAUAAGUCUUCCCGAGCUGAUAGAGGAGUUAUUUUACCCUCUGAAUCCUAAAACAUGUCAGUACCUUUCUCCAACACUCACCUGCGGGUCCCGCGAGGAUUCGGCACCAUCUUGGAGGGGCUGGCCAGAGAAGUCCUGCGAGAUCAGCCGGAAGACAUCCCUAAAUAUGCUGCACACUACUUUGAUGCUCUUCUCAAACAAAGAGACGAAAGUGGCAUCGACCCUGCUGAGUGGGCUGCUAAACUGGAAGAUAGAUUCUACAACAACCAUGCAUUCAGGGCUUCUAAGCCUAGCCCCGAAAAAGAGCCUUCAGCAAAGAUGACCAUUUCCAAAGAAAAAUCAUAUGAGUCCCAAACUGAAGAUGAAUCAAACCAUACAGAAGACUCUAAUGUUUCCACAACACAUCCUACUCUCUCUGAAGAGGUUGAUUUAAGUGAAAGCAUGGAAGAAUAUGAAGAAAAACAGGGUAUUACAGAGAAACACGUUGUUUCAAUAGAAGAAGGACUUUCAGAGGAGGAAUCAGUCAACAUGCUCCCAGCUGCAGACCUACAGCCGGAUGAUCUGAGUGGUACAGAGGAGGAGAGAGACCAAACAAUAACUACAUUUGAUCAAGUUGACAGGGCAGCUAAUGGAAAAGAUAGCUUCACUGUGGCAGACCAAGAUAAUGCUCGGUCUGAGUUAGAGCCCACCGACUUGUUAUCAUUGAAAGCCAUUUCAAAUGUAGACGGGUGUGCUCAGGAGUUAAAACUGGAAAACGAAUGUGGAGAUGAUGAACCAAAGACUUCAUUUGUAGAUAUGGAGAUUGUAGACUCAGAAGGAGAUGAAAAUAAUGACGGAGAAGAAGCAGUAGAAGUACUUUCAUAUCCUGGGUUGGCUGAUGUGGAUGUUUGUGCUACAGAGCUUGGAGGAACAGAGAGAUCAAUGGAAGGAGCCAAUGCUGAAAAUGAUGAGGACAGCUCAAAAUCCCAACCUGAGGAGAAGACUGUACAAUCAGUAUUGUCUCAAUCUGAAACCCCAGAACACAAUCAGCAAGAAGAGGAGGAUCAGGUAGAAAAAACAGAAGAGGAGGCUUCUUCAUCUGAGUCUUUUUCUGACGUAAUACAUGAAAGAUUAACUCAUAUAGAGGCAGAUUUAGUAUGUAAUGAUAUGCCAAAUGAGGAUUCUUUGGUUGAGAUUAACUUUGAAGAUGUUCCCAAGGGUCAGCAGAUUAAAGAGGUUGAGGAGAAACAGCCAGAAGAAGACAGCUCAGUUGAUGUCUUACAGACUAGGUUUUUAGAAAUGCAACAGGAGGAAGAGUGCAAAACUGCAGUGGAAACAGAGUCAAAUAUAUCUCACAAACAAGACCACGAUGAACCUGCAAUGAUGGGAGUUGAAAAGGAAGUGAAGUCUGAAGGGGAGGAAAUGGAAAGAGACCACAAGAAAUCUGAUAUAAUGAACAAGAAUUUAGACACAAAUGAUUCUCAUUUAAAUAACAGUGAUAUUGAUGGUAAUCGCGAAGGUGUUAAAACCAUCGGCUCAUCACAUCAGCCCACCAUCGAUGAAGCGAACUCAGAGGAUGAAAUGGAUCAUAAAAAUGAAGGUAAUAACAAAGAAGGAGAGAUAAAUAGAAAUGAAUUUCACCAGAAUGAGGGUUGGGAAAAAGAUGAAAAGUCAAACAAUGCUGAGGAUGAGACAACAGACACGGUUGGAAGGCAAUAA